UAUCAGGCUCUCUCACUCUCGCGCCAAUUAAGCGAGCGAGGUGAGCGAUACGCGCCGGCUCGUAGAGGACGUUAGCCCGCGACCGACCGCCGCAGCGCACGCAUACCUCGCCGCCGCUCCGCAAUAGUUCCAUACCCGCAGCAGGUGUCGGUGCCGUGAUGUGCAAACCGUGAAACAGUUCUCAUAUGUGCUCGACUUUUUAACUUCCUUCCUGUUCGGAUACUUGGAUUACUUUGAGUUUCGCCAUGGGUGAAUCACUGUUAAAAGAGGACCCUCUUUCACGGAUCCAAAGAGAGAUCAUCGAAGUGACAGAGAGAGAACGCGAGUUCAAAGAAGGUCACUUCCGCAUGAACCGGCUCCUCUCCGAGUCGACAAUAGAGGUAAACAAACAGAACGGCCACGUAAACGGCGACGAUGACUCCAAGCAGAGGACACUCAACAGAGCGGUGUCCACAUCACACUUACUGGGUCCUAUAACCCCGUCACCGCCCGCCGCCACGACCGUACUCACAACCAAUGGUUACACACGUCGAUUCGCACCGCAGACCGGCACGAAGGGCAUCAUGCAGCGUUUUAUCGCCAAUAAGGGCAAACUGCCGGUGACCUCUCCGGUAGGGGCCGGGCCCGUCGGGCCGGUGGCCUCGACACCGGUGGUCGCCCUCCCCCAACCCCUAUUGUUUCCCACCUCGCCCGUCGUCGCUCCGGUAGUGAACCCGCCCGCCAUCACACGCACCCCCGAAGGGAAACCGAUUCGCAAGGGAUACGUGCCCGUAGAGGAGAAAAUACAAAAAGAGUUGAGAGAAAUGAAGGAUAGGGAACACGAACUCAAAAAAAUGAGAAAAAAGCAGAAACCCUUCGAUAUUGAUCUGAGCGACAGCGAAGUCACCUCGGAAUCGGAGGACGAAGAGAUCCCCAUGCCAGGAAAACUGAAGGCGACGAAAUCGAUAGGGGAGCUUUACGAAGCUUUGAACGAGGAGCUGCGGUCUCCUUCCCCUCGGAACAGCUCCGGACACGAUUCCAUCGGCAGCCUGAAGCCGGCCAAGUCGCUGGCCGAGCUGUGCGAGUUGGCUCCCGGGCAAGAAUUUCUCGCCCCGAGCUCCACGAGGCUCAUCGCGCAGUGGGAAUCCAUCAUACAACAGAAACAGGAAGCGGGUGCCGCUUAAUUUCCUGCGCGUAGUUAAACGAACGUUCGUCGGUUGAAAUGUGUGUGUUUGUGGGCGGUUACGCCAAAACUUAUUAAGUAUUACGUAAGUAAAUAUCAUCGCGGGUUUAUCUGAACGGAAGGUUUGAGUCGAUGAAUUCGAUAAAGUGAGUAAUAUGACUGUGGUAUUUGAGAACUGUUACGAAGUAUUUUAAGUGUUUUAAUUCCGGAUGAAGCAUGCACGACCAUAUUUCGCAUGACUGCGACAUUCCAAUAUUCUGUCCAUACAAAUAGCGAAUGGUAUUUGGCCAAUCGAUCACUAGAGCGACUGAUCGACUGCAAAGCAAUUAAUUUUCUCCAGAUUGUGAACAAUGCAAAUGAUGGUUAUCCGUAACGGCAAUUAUCUCGCGCAUGCACUGUUGGAAAGCGGGCGACACUCGCGAACUCGCCUCCCCAGUGUGAAUGCGACGGUUUCUUCCUUUUGUUCGGGCGGCGGCGGCUGAAGAACUGAUGGUUUUUGCGGCACUUUCCCGCGACGAUACGGCACCCGGCCUAUGUGACGAGCGCCAUUAAAUUUUAUUCUCAGAACAAUGAGAAAACGUGUAGUGUAGGUAUCGAUGUGAGUACAAAGAGUUGUGUGGCUUCAGUCGACCCCAGCUGUCGGUCGUCAGUUUCCGUGGCCCCCCUAAUUUGUUGGUGCGAGUCGUUGCGGCCAUAUGGCCACUUUCGUUGCAUUGCGCAUUAACGUCAUAAUAACAAAGAAGUGGAAGUGCCGGUGAAGCGCCUUACAACUUUAAUGAAUUAAUUAGGUACACAAUUACGUUGUUUCGCUCGGCGAGGUUGCGUUGCGAUCACAAUUUCUUCCCGUAAUCAUUAUUUACAUAAUUUUACAUAAAUUAUUUUUUGAUAGAAGAAAAAUACUAAAUGGCGAUAUAAAUCGAAGCUGGACUUCGAUGGUAGAAUGUAUUUACUUUAUUUAUGUAUUUUCUUCAUUCAUUAUGUAAGAAGUUGUCACCGCGGGGGAAUUUUUAAAAUGUUAUACAAUAUUUAACUGUCAAAAGUUAAAUGAGAACUGUCCCUUUAAUUAAUGUAGAAGUGUCAAAAUAACAGUGCCUUACAAUAGUUAUAACACGUGUUGUGUUACUGUGCUGUUUGGUAAUCAUUAAGUAUAAUUAUUCGGAAUUAUAACAAAUCUAUUUAAAUGUUUCUGUGGCGAUAGACGACCGCCAUUUUAUAUAUUUGUAUAGAAUAAAUAAUUAUUUAUUAGAAUGAUAAAUAUUUCUCUAGCAUAAUAAUAAAUUAGUCAAAUUAAUUUAAAUUUUAAUAGAAUUAGAACAACAGCAUAUAAUUAUUGAGAUUGAUAGUGUUAAUUGUUGCAAUAUUUUUUACUAGAAUAAUAUUAUAUUUGUUUCUGUGUAUAAAGUGCCAGGUGGGUAUAUAAAUAACUUACGCUGAGGCCUCGUGAUGUACUGAUACAAUUCCUACUACUAUAAAUAAAUAUUACUAUUUCUAUUCUAUACAUUAUGUUGGAACAGUAUUGUGAUAUGAAAUUGCCUUAAUAUUGUUAGACGUGAAAUUUUUUGUGAAUCAUAUUUAUUCAGAUUUUUUAAUUGUUGUGUGGCGGCCACCGAGGCGUUGGCGACGCACGCAUGUGAGCUGUUAUUUAAGAUUUUCCCAAUAAAUACUUUGUGAAAUGA